UCUUUUUUAUUUUUUUAGAAUAAUUUUGAUUCAAUUGAUUUUUUUAUACAUCAUGAGUAAGCAGUGUGCAAGGUGCCAAAAAACUGUAUAUCCUAUAGAGGAGCUUAAAUGCCUUGACAAGUUAUGGCACAAGAGUUGCUUCAAGUGCCAAGAGUGCAGUAUGACACUCAGCAUGAAGACCUACAAAGGAUUCAACAAGCUCCCCUACUGUGAGGCUCAUAUUCCCAAAGCCAAAGCUACCACUGUUGCUGAGACACCUGAAAUGAAACGCCUGGCAGAAAACACAAAGAAUCAAAGUAAUGUACAAUAUCAUGCCGAGUUUGAGAAGACCAAAUCCAAGUUCACUCCUGUUGCUGAUGAUCCUGAAACCCUGCGGCUGAAGGCCAACACUAAGAACAUCAGCAAUGUUGCUUACCAUGGAGACUGGAAGAAGAGGGAAAUGGACAAGAACCGUUCAAUGGACAUGGAAAGAAGUGAUACCUCUGAGCUGAAUGACCAGCAGUAUUACGAAGAGCAGCUUGGACAGCUUCAGAACCUGCACAUAUCUAAGCCUGUUGAUGCGUCACCUCAAGCAGCCAGCAAUGCCUACUACAGCGAGCAAGGCUACGGAUACGAGAGCAGCGCUUCUCCACAGCGCAAGCCGCAGCACUCCAGCAACUCUGCGAGAAACAACAACACCCAGAGUCAGCACAUGGCACAUGGUCAUCGCCAGGCUGAAAAAAUUUCUUCUCAGCGUGACCACAACCAGAAUCCUGGACAGAGGGCACCUCAUACAAAUGCUGGAUACGGCGGCGAGCGCGCUAGGAGUCACCAGGACCCCACGACGGAGUGGCAGCAGCAGCAGCGGCAGCCUGCAGGGGCCCCCACUUACUAUGAGGGAGGCUAUGGCCGGGAGAUGCCAGCUAAGACGACGCAGCAAUAUCAUCAGGACCCUGAGCCCUACCGUCACCAGCAACACCCGCCCUCCAGCUACGGCCACUACCCGCAACAGCCGUACGAAGGGCAAGCAGGAGCUCCACGGUACCCUACACAACACCCUCAGCAGCCUGCCAUGCACCAGCAACCCCACAUGGUACAGCCAGCCAUGCAGCACCAGCACGCUAUGCAGCAUCAACAUGCCAUGCAGCAGCAUGCUCCCCAGCAGCAGUACAACGCUGGUCAUCCUGCCAGCCCACGCAAGUCUAUGCAGCCCACAAAUAUUGGGCGCUGCUACCAGGCUCUGUACGACUACGACGCCGCGGACACGGACGAGAUCAGCUUCAGAGACGGCGACCUGAUCAUCAACUGCAGCGACGUCGACGAGGGCUGGAUGACCGGCACUGUGCAGCGCACCAACGCCUCCGGCAUGCUGCCUGCCAACUACGUCAGGAGGGUCUCGUGAGCCUCCGCCUGCUGCAUGAGGGUCUCGUGAACCUCCACCUGCUUCAGGAGGGUCUCGUGAACCUCCAUCUGCUUUAGGAGGAUCUCGUGAACCUCCACCUGCUUCAGGAGGGUCUCGUGAACCUCGACCUGCUUCAGGAGGGUCUCGUGAACCUCCACCUGCUUCAGGAGGGUCUCGUGAACCUUCAUCUGCUUCAGGAGGGUCUCGUGAACCCCCUUCCUCCGCGUCUGUUCUGCCUGCUCUUCUUACUUUUCUUCAGCUGCUUGCAUUUUUAUCCUCGGCUGCCUCCUCUUUUGAAGCAUUCCUCAGUUGCCUGCAUCGUUGUUAGUGCGCAGCUACCUUCACUAUGAGGCAUUCCUCAGCUGCCUUCUCUUUGAAGCAUUCCUCAGUUGCCUGCAUCGUUGUUAGUGCGCAGCUACCUUCACUAUGAGGCAUUCCUCAGCUGCCUUCACUUUGAAGCAUUCCUCAGUUGCCUGCAUCGUUGUUUGUUCGCAGCUACCUUCACUUUGAUUCAUUCCUCAGCAACCUGCAUGGUUGUCAGUACGUUGCUGCCCCCAUAACAAGACUGUGUGCAGCUUCCUUCAGUGCCUUAUUGACGACUUGUUGUAGGCAACGCAUGCUGUGUGUUGCCCUGGAUCUGUUGCAUGAUAUUUAUUCUUGCCUGCGUCUUAUGUUCCCUUUAUUAGAUCAUCGUGCGUCUGAAGCUAUACAUUGGCUCUGUUCAUGAGAUUAGGGAAAAUUGUUUCUUUUAUAAUUGUAAAUGCAGGACAAAGGUGACUAAUUCGUCUGUAGAAGUGUUACCAUCUUCAUCGGCACGAAUAUUAUAUCUCAUGCUACAAUUUUGUGUUACAAUUUUAAAUUAUCCAAAAGAUCUUACUUUUUUGCUGUUUCUUUAUGCAUUAACAGUGAAAACUUAAUUAAUUAAAACCUAAUUAUGCCUGUAGAAUUCAAAUCGGUUCGAUGGACAAUGUUAUUAAAGGGAAUGUGAAUCUUUAAAAUUGGCAGCUUUACUCCGAUAUAUUUAUUUACACUGUGCCUGGUGUUUUACUGAUUUAGCGUGCUCUGUAUUUUUCAGCUUUUUUAGGCGCAUAAAUGAGUGGAGAGUCCAUGAGAUGAACUUCUUUGUGACAGAAUUUCCACCGCAGUCUUACGUUUUGUCGCAUUUUUCGUCAUUCGUAUCCUAUCGCAAAAUUGUCAGCAACAGAGAAAUAAAAUGGCAGCUUCUGAAUACUCAUUUCCUGUACGGCUAAUAAUUAGGAUCUGAUGCAGCUUUUCCUUAGACCUCAGCUUUUUCUUUAACCGCUCGGGUUUCCUUUAGAACUCUCAUUUCUUCUUUCGACUUCUCAGUUAUAUGAUUAUGUUGCUUGCGUUUGUUGUACAAAAUACCUCUUGCAUGCUCGCUGUUCGUACUGCCUGUUCGUACUUGCACGCCUCUGUUCGUAAAUACUUCUCUGUUCGUACUGCCUUCAUAUUAUCCCGUGUUAAAUUAACAGCUAAGAAGGAACUUAUUGAGUAGGAUACAAGAUCAGGCCUCUGUAUAUACCUCCUUCUCGACUCCAAGGCACUCAUUUCCCAUGCAUCGAUCCUAUGGGCGCCCGACUUUUAUUACAAUCCAGUUUCUGUUUCAAAGCGCCCAGACACUCAAUUGUUGAGCUGAAAACAAAUUGUUGCCAUGCAUUCUGACAUCUUUAUUGUGCGUUCAGUUGGUCGCAGUUUUAGAGAACUUGGCACGCGUAAAAUCUUUUUCUUUUUGGCACGCGUAAAAAAAUUUACGCACGGGUUUUUUUGGUACGCGCCAAAAAAAUUUUUUGGCACGCAUUUUUUGUUUUAACACGCGUAAAAAAAAUCUCCAUUUUGAGCCUUGUGGUAGGCAUUUGUUAAGCUUCAUUCCAUUUUCUCCAGUUGUUUUUAACUGUUAAAAAAGGGUGAGAAAUGAUUGGUGUUAAGCAUAUUAUUUAAAGGACAAGUUCUGUGCCCCGCCAGCCACACCUCAUUUUCCUACACUUAAGUUAUGUUGACUUGACAACGUUAUUUUCUCCAGUUUUGUUGCUUCUAUUAUAGACAUAGUUAUUUAUAGUAUUGUUCUCAAUGCGGAGAUAAUAGAUUUUAUUGCGUUAUUGUAUGUGCCCUCAUAGCCGUUUGUCUAUGCAUUGGAUAUACUGGUUAUUAGAUUUAUUUUACUUCUAGAUAUUGUUAUUAUGUAUCAUGGAUGUAUUCAUUGACAAGUUCAUCUCCUUUGCUCGGUACAAAUUAUAUCCCGUAUGUCCCUGAAAAUGUGUACUGUGUGUACUUGGCUUAACUGUAAACUCCUACGCCUGUAACCCUCCACUCCUCGAAAAAUCCAUCCUGAGUAUUUUAGCGGAGACGUACGAGUUACAUUCAUUGCUUAACGACGACUUUUUUAAACUUACCAGGAAUCGUUGUGCCAAAGUUUUUUUAGUGUCGAUUUGAUUAUCGGAUAUAUGCACUAUCAACAAUGGAAAUGCUUGCUUAAUCCAAGCGCUGUUCGAGGUUGCCACGCACAUCUAAUAUUUCCGGCACUUUGUAAAUGACGAACGCUGUGCGUUCUCCGGUGCGAACCUAACGGUAGCGGUCACGGUUUCUAACUAAACUUUCGUGUCAAUCAUUCUUGAGUUCAAGCUAAAGGGGAACGCUCGGCAUUCUGAAUUGAAUUCCACAUCAAGAUUUAUCCUGAAGUAUCAAGCUUCUCGUCGCACAGUCUCACUUCACAAGCUCAUGUCUGCUCUUCAUUGAGUAAGCGCGUUCUCUUCUCGUUGACUACUUCUUCAUUACCACUGUGUUUUUUUUUCACAGGUGAUUAAAUGACUCUGGAAGAUUUUGCUCUUUGGGUAGAUGUUCUCUCGCCCGUUAUCAUUACUGUCUCGCUCCAAUUUAUACGAGCUGACUUUUUUUAUUCCUUUCCAUUCUCGAGACAAGGUUUUGGAUUUUUUUAGAAUUCAACUAAUUUCUAAUAAAUGCUUGAGUGUCGCAAUCUACUGUCACAACAACUGUAUUUUAUUACGUUAUUUUGAUCAUCUCUAACCUGAUAUUUCUAAUCCUUAAUCGCCAUCUGUGCAUUUCAAGUUAGCAUGCAUCCUUUUCAUUUCAGGUUGGCAAUCUAGCCGAGUUGUUUUUCAUAUCUUCACCACCCGUGCAACUGGUCGCUGCCUUUCUCCUUGUCAAAAUAAUGUUCAUGUUGCUGGUGAUUUCAAAUAAGUCCUUAAACACAACGCAGCUGUGCUGUGUCACACUAGUUAGACUUUUGCGCCGCCUUUGUCAUCCGUUUAAACCUUUAGUUUACCGUCUGCGAGCAAACACUUCUGCUCUAUUGCAGAUGGCUUCACGUCAUAUAUUCAUCCGUUGAUUGUCCGUGAAUGUUGGACUGACGUACAAUUAUUUGUUUGGGUUAAUGUUGUCUUUUGUCUUAUACCUAAGAUUAUAUUUGAAGAUAAUAAAAUUGUGCGAUCAACUGGUACAUUGCAUCAGUAUCUCUAAUUGUAUGAGGACGCAGGCUCAUGAUAUUUCUCGUGGCAGGCUUAAAUUUUUUUGUUUAUUUCUAGAGGAAAUAACGCCCUAAUUUUGUAGCCCCGAUAACCCAACACUUUUCGUCCCCUUUAACGUUGAGAACUUGAACUUGACUCGAGAUGUUUCACUUUUUAAUUGUGACUGCCUUUAGAUGACCGUGAUCUUUUGAUCGUUUUAAAAACCUGAAAUAUUAGCUUACAAUUUUGACUUAAGGCUUGAUAACUGGAAUUGACUUAAUGAACUAAAGCUUAUAAUGAGAUUCCUGUCUUCCUUGCUGCCUUGUGAAGCCCUCAACUUCAGUGCUCUUUAUCAGUGCCUUGUCUCAACUACUGUCUCUUGAACAGACGUUACUCAUAUUAGCAUCCUCGCGUUUAUUCACAUUCCCCAUCGUUUUAAGCUUUUAAUCUAUACACAGGAAUUAUGAAAUUUUUCGUAUUUGUUCUGACAUUAUUUAACUGUAUACCAAAAAUUGAUCGUAACAAAAGGCUUUAUUUAACUCUUGUCGGAAGAAUGGUUUCGCUCAACUGCAAAUAUUACCCAGAUUACUGAUCCUGCGCAAAUAUCUUUUCACUUCUACAGGAAUAUACCAAGUGAAUUUUCAUAAUAGUACCAAAAAUUGUUCCCUUGAAAUGCACCAGACCGAAAACAAUACCGAGGUGGAUGUACAUGAUGAGUUUCAAAAUGAACUUGUAAUGCAGAUGGGAAUAUACUCUACUCGUCUAAGUUUCCAUGUAUAACAGUCAACACAAUAACGUCUAUUCCGCACUCCAUUACCUUGCCAGGUUCUUCAAUUAAAAUUAAAACUGGGUUGCUUGAUGCGACUUCAAAUGUAGAACCGGCACAUAUAUUAAGGACAUUAUAAACAACGACAGCUCCAAUUAUCUAAUGACUAAGAAUAAUCUAUUGUGUAUAAGUAAACUCAUAAGUGCAGCUUAUAAACCGAAUGUUCCUCAGUUAAAAACAAAAUAACAAAAACAAUUUCAAAUAAA